AUGGAAUUGCAAGAAGCUUUCAUUGUCGCAGCAAGUUGUCUAGGCUUCUUCUCUGUUUGCAAGGCUCUGUUCAAGUUUGUGAGAUGGAUAUGGGUCAUGUUUCUGAGACCCACCAAGAAUCUCAAGAAAUAUGGAUCUUGGGUAAUCAUCACUGGCUCCACUGAUGGGAUUGGCAAGGCCCUUGCCUUUAAACUGGCUUCCAAGGGUCUUAACAUCGUCUUGGUUGGUCGAAACCCUUCGAAGCUCGAAGCAACCUCCAAAGAAAUCCGCGAGAAAUACAAUCAUGAACAAGUGGAAACCAAGAGCAUUGUCGUCGACUUGGCCAAAGCUACUGGGGGAGAGAUAGCUAGGACUAUAGAGGAAGGGAUCAAAGGUCUUGAUGUUGGUAUUUUGAUUAAUAAUGCAGGGAUCAAUUACCCUUAUGCAAGAUACUUUCAUGAGGUUGAUCGGGAGCUGAUGGAGAACAUGUUAAAGGUGAACAUGGAAGCUGUAACUUGGGUAACUAAGGCAGUGCUUCCAGGUAUGCUCGAGAAGAAGAAAGGAGCCAUUGUCAAUAUCGGCUCUGCUGCCUCCCAGGAUCCUUCUGUGCCCUUGUACACACUUUACGCCGCUACCAAAUCGUACAUUGAAGUGUUCUCAAGAUGCAUUCAUUUGGAAUACAAGCAGUAUGGAAUUGAUAUUCAGUGUCAGGUGCCUCGUUUCGUGGGGACGGAGAUGACAAAGGAUUUGAAGAAGUCAGUUCCCUUGAUGAUGGUACCAACAGAGAGAUUCAGGAAAGCAAGCAUUCGAUGGAUUGGUUAUGAGCAUCUAUGUAAUCCCUACUGGUUGCACUCAGUGCAGGGGUUCAUAGUACAUGCCGCUCCAGAUGCAUUAGUUAAUGCCAUCACGUUUUGGAUCUGCAGUGGGAUCAGAAAGAGAGGCCAAAUGAAGGACUCCAGUGCUGUAAAAAGAUGCAGUGAUUAA